AUGUCUAUCUAUCUAUGUUUGUUAUCUAUCUCUCUAUCAUUCUCAUUUUGGUUGUUAUCAGGUAAUUAUCUAUCUAUCUAUCUAUCUAUCUAUCUAUCUAUCUAUCUAUCUAUCUAUCUAUCUAUCUCAUUCAGGUCAUUAUCUAUCUAUCUAUCUCAUUUAGGUCAUUAUAUUUCUAUUUAUCUAUUUAUCUAUCAUAUUCAGUUCAUUAUCUAUCUAUCUAUCUGUCUAUCUAUCUAUCUCAUUCAGGUCAUUAUAUUUCUAUUUAUCUAUUUAUCUAUCAUAUUCAGUUCAUUAUCUAUCUAUCUAUCUAUCUAUCUAUCUAUCUAUCUAUCUAUCUAUCUCAUUCAGGUCAUUAUCUAUCUAUCUAUCUAUCUCAUUCAGGUCAUUAUAUUUCUAUUUAUCUAUCAUAUUCAGUUCAUUAUCUAUCUAUCUAUCUAUCUAUCUAUCUAUCUAUCUAUCUAUCUAUCUAUCUAUCUAUCUAUCUAUCUCAUUCAGGUCAUUAUCUAUCUAUCUAUCUCAUUCAGGUCAUUAUAUAUCUAUUUAUCUAUCACAUUCAGUUCAUUAUCUAUCUAUCUAUCUAUCUAUCUAUCUAUCUAUCUAUCUAUCUAUCUAUCUAUCUAUUUCAGUCUGUUCAUAUCUAUCUCAGUCUGCUAUCUAUCUAUCUAUCUAUCUAUCUAUCUAUCUAUCUAUCUAUCUAUCUAUCUAUCUAUCUAUCUCAUUCAGUUUAUUAUCUAUCUGCCUGUUUAUCUAUCUGGCAACCUAUCUAUUUAUCUAUAUUUACCAAUUUUAUAA